AUGGCUUUGGCAAAGGGCCUGAAGCCCGCGCAGAUUGUAGCGGUGAUAUUAAUUUGGCGGCUUUUGUCAAUUUUUGUGGUACAAUCCUGGUACGUGCCUGAUGAGUACUGGCAGACCUUGGAGGUGGCACAUAAACAAGCCUUUGGAUAUGGAGUUUUAACUUGGGAAUGGCAAAAAGGAAUCAGGAAUUACCUUUAUCCUAGUGUCGUAGCAGUUUUGUAUUGGUUGCUGAAGCUGACUGGCUUGGACUAUCCAGAAGCUGUGGUAAUUGUUCCUCGUAUCUUACAAGCACUUAUAAGUACAGCAGCUGAUUACAGCUUUUAUAAAUGGACUGGUAAUAGAAAGUGGGCUUUAUUCUUAAUACUUACAUCAUGGUUUUGGUACUACACUGCAAGCAGAACAUUGCUACAGACCUUGGAAACAGCGUUUGUUGCAAUUGGGUUGUCUUUAUUCCCAUUUAAGGGUGGAAAGCUUGGUUAUUAUGAAAAAGAAAACAACAACUGGAUAUGGUUAGCCUGUUUAUCAGUGUUUGUAAGACCCACAUCAGCCCCUCUCUGGCUUGUCCUGGGAAUAUAUAACCUGAUGACCACUAACCAGGGCAAAAUGACACUGGCAUUAAAAACAUACUUACCUAUUGCCCUCCUAUCUGGAGGGACUCUGGUGGCAUUGGAUACCUACUGUUAUGGCAGGUUAAUUGUUACACCUUGGGAGUUCUUCAAAUUUAAUAUCCUUCAUAAUGUUGCUUCAUUCUAUGGAAAACACUCAUGGCAUUGGUAUAUCACACAAGGUCUUCCAGCUGUUCUUGGCAUCAACUUGAUACCGGUAUUGUGGGCAAUCAUAAAAUUAGUUCAAAGACCUAAAGAAAAUAGAAUUGGGCUAGUUUUAUUGGCGGCUGCUGCUAUUCAUGUUGCAGUGCAUAGCUUCAUACCACACAAGGAAUUCAGAUUUGUCUUACCCAUUCUGCCUAUUCUUCUAUAUUUGGCGCAAGAUGUUAUUGUUCCAUGGAGUAGAAAAGCCAAAAAAUGGCAGUUAUAUAGUGUAGCUUUAGUGAUUCUCUUUGGAAACCUUGUGCCGAGUUUGUACUUUGGUCUUAUUCACCAAAGUGGAACAUUGAAAGUGAUGCCCUUGCUCCGAGAGGCCAUUCCCAACAACCGCUCUUCUAUACUGUUUAUGAUGCCUUGCCAUUCAACACCAUUGUAUAGCCAUUUGCACACCAACAUCACCACCCGCUACCUGUCCUGCGAGCCUACGGGCGCCGGCGCGGCGGAGGCCGAGGCCUUCUACCACAACCCGCAGCGCUGGCUGCGCGCCGAGUACAGCUCCCGGCAGCCGCCCACGCUGCUGGUGCUGUUCGACGUGCUGCGCGGCCGCGUGGACGACUGGCUGAAGGGGUACCAGCUGCUGCAUGAGCUGCCGCAUACUCAGUUCCCAGAAGGAGAGGUCGGUGAAAAAGUGUUGUUGUACAAGAAAAUAUCGAACCAAGCGAAACAAAAUGACGAAAUCGUGCAA